AUGCUUCUCCCCGCCGGCUUUGCGCUGCCCACUUCCGGUGAGCCGGUGCUCAUCAGUGACACGACGGCCGCUUCAUCCAACUUCGCCCUCUACCACCUCAUCCAGCUCGCACAGGAGCGCGCAGUGCCUACUACUCUUGUCGACCUCCGGCAAGAAGGGGCUGCGAGCCACACCGCCGUCCUGCGAAAGCUCGGCAUCAAGCCGCCUUCCUUCCUCUCCCCAUCACCCCUUCCUUCCGCCUCUACUCCUCUCUUCACUUCCUCUGGGCCCAGUCUGCAUGCGACCUUCGCGGCGCUCCCGAAGUCCGGUCUCGUGAUCCUCGACGGGCUCUCCGAGCUCGAGUCGAUCGGCUUCUCUGCCCUUGACAUCUCUCGCUUCGUGCGCGCGGUGCGCGACUCUGGCGUUCUGCUUGCUUUUACUCUCCGCGCUGACCUAACGGGAGAGGAAGACAAGGACGUCGAGCAGCCAGAGCUCCUGCGGAGACUGCUCCGUGUCAGCGGUCAAUGGUGGAGGAUCCAGGGCCUGCAGUCCGGACGCUCGGCUGAUGUCACGGGCGAGAUCUCGCGGCAUAAGCUGAACGGACAGGGAGAGGAUGUCGGGCGGCAGAACCCGCUGCAAUACCGUCUCGAGAUUGCGGGCGUCAAGACGUUCGCAAAGGGAACAGGAAGGGGAUAUCUGUAA